CCUUACUCAGCGAACAUGCAGUUGAGAAGAAAAAUGCCGGAGAAGAAAAAUCAUCCACAGGAGUUCCCGAUUAUGUUUCAUUCACGGACCGUAAUUUUCAACCAAAUGAAACAAAAUAUGAGGAUGAUACACCAUUAAAAACACAUAUAAUGAUAAACUGUCCAUUUUGUAAAGAACAUUUCAUAUAUGAAAUUACUCUUUUGGACCACAUGAUGGAAACUCAUUUUUUAUCAAACAACAAUGACAAGAAAUAUCUCGCAAAAAAUGAAAAUAUGCUUAUGAUGAUUGCUACAGCUAUUUUAAAUAUAAAAGAGACUAAGUUUACAACAGAAUCCUUACUAUUUUAUUUAAAUUCUUAUGGCUGCCGAAUACAAGACAUUCAAAAAAUGAACUUUAUCUUACAAACUAAUAUAAAUGCAAUACAAUAUUUUAUAAACAACAACACAACAAUAACAAUGGCAAGGUACACUGAAACAAAUAAAAUUAUUCAGUUUAUUGGUGAGGGAGUUGAAGAAAAUGAAAUUAUUGUAUCAUGUGACACUAAAAAAUUAAAUAUUCUAGCUAAAAAUUAUGUAAAGUUAAAAUAUAGUGAAAACUUGGAAAAAAAAAUAUUGCUAAAAAAAUUAAAGAUUCUAUCAAAAUACUACAAGGCCAAUUAGUCAUCAACAAUUCUAAAUUUAUUUUAUCCUUAAAAACUAAAUUACCGGCUCCAGAAACAAUAUUAAUACUCAACCCUCCAUUUCAAAAUUUUUUUAAUACACAAAGGAUUCAUCAAAACAUACCAACACAAAACUACAUCAAUGACCAACUGCCACAUCUGCAGAAUAUAAAUGAUCUUGACAAUUUAAUAUCAACUAUAAUCAUGUACAAUAUGUACCAAGCAAUUGAUGAUUACAAGGGAUAUGAUCUGAAAGAAAUUAUGGAAUUAAAAAUUGAUUUAAUUAAACUGACCAUAAUAAAAAAUUACAUUGAUUUAAUUAAUUUGCAAAUAAAGGAUGUCAUUAGUGAGGAUGGAUUGCAAAUCAUCAACAACCAAAAAUACAUAAAUAAGAAUGUCAUUUAUGCAAUUGACAUUGAAUUCAAAAAAUUUAUAAACCGGAUAGAAAACUUUUGGAUGCAAGCACAAUUUGAUUUGAAUUUUGAAAAUCCUGUAUAUCCUACCAUACAACAUGAUUGCAAAGUAAUUUAUUUUGAUUCUGAGAGAACAGUGAAGUUUGUGCUACAAUCCACUCCAGAAUUUCAUGAUGUCCAUUAUAAUGAAUUGUUGGUGGUAGCUUGUUUGAAAACAUACUUCAGCAAUGCAGUCAAAUCUAAUAAAAGUACACUAAACAACAUAUAUCAACAUAUAGAAAUUAUCAAAGUUAUAACUAAAUUCCAAUUUAUCAACAAAAAAUAUCUUAAAACUACUUUACAAAAUUUAAUUAAUCAACAGUACAUACAUCAAUAUUCUUAUUCAAAUUAUACAAUAUACAAACCAGCAGACAAUGUAAAAAUCGAAUCCCUAAUUUCAAAAUUUAAAUAUAUUGAAAUGGUUCAUGUCAUACUGAACAUAACAGAAGAAAUAUAUUUAACAACAGCAAUAAAAUAUGAGCUAUCAAGCAGUGUAUACAACUAUACAAACAUCCCGCGCAGCCAUAAAAUGCAAGAAAACAAAUGUAUGGACAACAUUCAACAGAAAGUAUUAUUUAUCAAAAAAUUUUUAAAUUCAAUAACACUAAAUCAACAUACAACAAUUGGCACAAUACACAAUACAUUCACAACAAAAUUAACAACAUACAAACAACUUUUGCACACAGUUUUAAAUAGCUUACCCAAAUCUCCCAUCAACUAUAUUGUCUCAACCGAUGAACUAUUAGAAUAUCAUACAAAUUCAAAUUUACAACUUCCUUCAGCCAUUCCAUCCACUACAACCUCAAAAUAUCUCAAGCAAUCACUACAGACGUCACACACAAAAUUCUAUACCCAACAUUCAGAACUACAGGAUUAUUUAGAAAAGUAUUAUAAUUAAAAUUGUUUAAAAAAAAAUACAUGUAUAUAUAACUUAAAUUUUUCUGCUGUUUGUAUAAUUUCAGUCCAAAAAUAAAAUUAUUUGUUAUUACUUAGUAAAAUAUUUUUUAUAUCCUUAUAUAAUAUAUGUAAUAUGUUUUCUAACUUCUGAUAAUUUAUAAAUAAGGUUUCGCCAAAAUAUAAGCAGAUAACAGUUUAUCUUGAUCCUUUAAG